CCGAGUCGUCUUAUACGUCGGAAAUAAUGGUAGUUUCCGGUGUAUAAGAUGACUUUCUAGGCUUGCGACUUGGCAUCGAAGUUGGGGGUCGUCUUAUACGCGGGAAUAUACGGUAGGUGGCUUUCCUGAGCAUUUUUCCUAUCCUCCUUGUUGGGGGCAUCCAUCAACCUGCAUACUUCUUAGGAGAGGAGAAAAAACCCUAAUAAGUCCAUUCAUAAAUUCCCAUUUGAGAUUUCAAAGAUUGAGAAGUAGAAUCAGAGUGGGAGAUCUACCUUGAGAUCAUCCCUCCCCACUUCACCUUGCCUUGAUCAUUGUUUGCAGGGAAGAAGAUGAGCAGAGAUGAGAUAUUGUGAUGCCGGUCCCAUUGUGACUCUUUGCAUGACCAGGGCCUAGUUGGGUGACCCCUGAAGUGAAGCACAAGUUGGGAUGAAAGCUAGCCUGAAACAGAGGCCACAAUUCGAAUCCCCACCUUUGUAAACAGACAGGAGAAAAGAGAACGUGGGGAAGGGUGGUGGGGAAGGAGGAAGACCGUCUUUUUUUUUAACUUCCUCUUUGUCUUCCUUUUCUUUUUCUUGCCUUGUCCAACCCUCACUCCCUGAGAUGGUGAAUGAAGGAGCCCCAGCAGAGGCUCAGCAGCGCUUAAGCCCCUUUGUGGGAAGCGAACAGCCACUCUGCUGCUUCAAACUCUCACUAUGGAAGGCAACAGCAACCCCAUGAAUCGCUUCCGGGUGCGACCAGCCGAGCCGCGGGACUGUUCUCAUAUCAUGCGACUCAUUAGAGAACUGGCUGCUUAUGAAAACAUGCCUGAAGCAGUAAAAAUAACAGAAAUAGAUUUACUUCAAGAUGGUUUUGGAAGUCGUCCCUUCUUCCAGUGUUUAGUAGCAGAGGUAUCAUCAGAAAACGUAAUGCUAGAUGCAGGUAUUGUAGCUUUUGCUAUGUAUUACUUUACAUACGACCCUUGGAUUGGCAAGCUGUUAUACUUAGAAGACUUCUAUGUUAUGGAACAAUAUAGAGGCUGGGGAAUUGGAUCAGAACUUUUAAAAAAUUUAAGUCAGAUUGCUCUCGAUUCCAACUGUAGCUGCAUGCACUUUCUCGUUGUCGUUUGGAAUAAGCCGUCGAUCGAGUACUACAUGAGGCACGGGGCAUCCGAUCUGUCCACCGAAGAGGGAUGGCACCUCUUCCGAUUUGAUAAAGAGCAUCUCGUCCGAAUGGCAACCGGACAAUAGCAAGGAAGUCUCUGUCCGAGGCUGGCGUUCCAUCGGCUCCUCAGGAAAUCUCUAGCUAAAAUUGAGGCUCUAAAGCAGGCAAAUACUAGCCACAAGAAAUUAAAAAGAAGUUUUAUGACUGGCA